GGCGGGGAGAGAAGGGGGGUCUCCGCGCCGUCUGACGGCCGCCCGCCUUUCCCUUCGCAGCGUCGCCCGACGACCCGCCGCGGCUCUCGGAGGACCCCAGCGGGCUCCUCCCGCGGCCGGACCCGCUCUCCAGCCUGGCCGCGGCCUAUGGGAGCAGCCUGGCCUGGCGGGGGAGGGCGCUGGUGGGUGCCGGGCCGGCGCCGAGCAUCUGUCGAGCAUGUGCAGAGCGCCGCCCGCUCGUCUGACCCGGGUCUCCCCGCAGGUGGAACGACUGGUGCCGCUGCGCCGCCUACAGUCCUACUUCGCGGUGGAUACGCGGUACGUGGGGCAGAAAAUGGCGCGGCUACUCUUCCCUUCGGGCACCAGGACUGGCAGGUGCGCUACCUGCGGGGACCCCCCCCCCGUGACACCCCGCUCCGACGUCAACGUCCCCGACCUCUACAUUCCAGCCAUGGCCUUCAUCACCUACCUGCUGGUGGCCGGGCUGGCGCUGGGGACGCAGAAUCGGUUCUCCCUUGACCUGUUGAGCUUGUUGGCGAGCUCGGCCCUGGUGUGGCUCAUUGUGGAGGUGCUGGCCGUUCUGCUCGGCCUCUACCUUGUGGCCGUCAACAGCGAGCUGACCCCACUCGACCUGGUCACCUUCUCAGGCUACAAAUACGUAGGCAUGAUUGCAGGCCUCUUGGCAGGGCUGGUGUUUGGGAAGACUGGUUAUUACACACUGCUCAGCUGGUGCUGUGUCACCAUCUUUGUCUUUACAAUCCGUUCACUGCACCUGAAAAUCCUGUCAGAGGACCAAGGGGUCCCGAGGCAGGAUAACCAGAACCAAGUGCGCAUGUACCUGACCGUGGCUGUGGCUGUGCUGCAGCCCCUCCUCAUGUACUGGCUCACCUCUCACCUCAUCUAAUGCUGCUUUGCUCAGGCAGCUGCUUUGUGCCCCCAAUGCCCACCCACCAUUUCGAGCCUGUUGCCUUUCCCAGGCCACCCUGGUUACGCAGAAGGCAGAGCAGAGCAGAUGGGCUUCCCUGGCCCUAAUUCACAGCUCCCCGGUCCUUCUUUGGAAGGGGCCUGGCAAUUUGCACUGCUCUCACCUUGAUUUGGCUCAAGAUGUCUGCUUAUCCUGCCCUUUUCUAUCUCGUUCCUGUCCAGCCAGGUCGGUCACUCCUGCAGAGCUGGGAAAAGAGCCUGCUUUCCUGUCUCUUCAGGAUAUGGAAUUACCUGCUUGCCACAAACAAAAUAAAGCAUGGAAGGCAAUGUGGUUGCUCUCUGUCGCUUUGAGAGGAGCACUGGAAGGCAUUUCUAUCUCCCACGUGCCCUCCACAGGGGGUUGACCUGCUCUGCCAUGUGUGGUCCAAAGCGGAAUGGUUGUGCCUUCAGCAACUUGGGAAGAUGUUUGGAAAAGAGGAACAGUUGGGUCUCUGGUGGCAGGCAAGCCUUCUUUGCAACAGGGACUCCGGUUCCUUCCAGGAAAGCACCAGGGAAUAGCAGCCACUUUUGUUGCCUGCGCUGAAUGGGCAAAGGGCAGCCUUAGCUGGGCAGGACAAGGACUUGGAGCUGCUGGCGUCCUCUGAUGCCUCUGGGCUGGUGCCACAGCCGCACUUCUUGGCCAGUAGCACCCCCCCCCCAGUGCUAAAGCAUUCAUUGCACACAAGUUUAGUUACUUUUAUUCAGAGUCCAUUCAUUACUAAAAACACAAUUAUAAGAGUCCCACAAGAUUUAGUACAAUCAAGUUUUGAUUUGUUUUUUUAAAAAGUAUAAAAACUCAUUUAAAGCUAGUUAUGUAGAAGCUUGCUCAGUGAGAUGCCUCUGCAGCUGCUCUCGCUGGGGCACUCUUGAAAGUCCCUCAGACUAGAAACACAGCCUUUCCCGGCAAGAAGUGACGCAUGCAGUGGAACUGCCGGCAGCCGCAGCCAAUGGUGCAAUCCAAGGCCUUUGGUUGCCUCAGUGCCAGGGAAGGUCCCCCCCCCUCCAGCUCCUCUGUUUCCUUGCAAAGCCAGAAGAAUUAAGGUUUUGGGUGGGCCUAUGAGCCAAAGGUGGCCUCAUCUGGGAAGGUUUGGGCAAAACCGUCCAUACUGGCCACUGCUGAGCCACAACAGCUGCAGCUGGUGGCACUUGAUAAUCUCAAGAAAGGAGUCUGGCACACUGGAGAG